CACACUCAAAGGAAAAACCCAAGGAGAAGAUUCCUCAAAUCGAAAGUGCAAAAAAGAAACCUUGAAACUUUUCUCCUUCACAAAGCAAACAAAAUCAACUAUAAAAAUAAAACAACACAAAAAUGGACGCCAUCAAAAAGGUCCUCCACCACAGCACCACCACCACCGCCGACAACACCGUGACCGCCCAGCGCACCGAAGGCGACCUCCACGCCAACGCCGAGACCACCGCCGCCCUAGGCGAUGAGCCCAACGUCACAGGCACAGACCGCCCCGAGCCCGCUGCAGCCGCUGGCGCUGCUGGGGAGCACCAGCACCAGCACCAGCAGCCCCGCGCAGGCCAUCACCACCCGCGCCAACCUGUCGGCGCAACAGGGCUACCGCCAAACCAUUGGCCGCGGGAAGAUUUCACCACGGCGGCGGGAGGAGAGGAGGAGCAGGCGAAUUUGACCGAGGCGGCGGCGGCGGCGGCGGCAGCGGAGACGGGCAAUAAUUUCCCAGGGACGAACCCACACCCUACACACUCUGCGCUGGGCAACCGGAAUGCGAGUGGGGAGGCGGGAUCGGUUCUGCCUGGACGGGAGUGAGGACGAUGAAGAAAGGAGACAGAGAGGGACCAAGGGACGACGAAUAAAAAAUCAAUGUAAUCAGCCAAGGGUCGCCAUGUUCCUGAGAGACUGAUACCAGAUUGCUUUGGGAAGAAUUUUAUCAUUUUGAUUC